AUGCCCCGAAAAACGUGGAAAGCCACCACUGUGCAGUCUACCGCCUUCAACUGGACCCGCAUUGUGACAGGCAUCCAGGAGAUCACAUCUACAGUAAGAAGAAGAAGAAGAAUUAGAACCAGAAUUGGCAGAGGAAACGGAGGAGAUGUUGCUGCUGAAACAGAUGAGGUUGAACAUGAAGAGCAAGAAGCUGAGUCUGAAGUAGCUGACAUACCUCCAGCUGAACCUGAAGAGGUGGAAGAGGAGCCAGUCACUGAACAUGCAGAAGCUGCAGGGGAAUCCAAGGAUGAAGUGGAAGAGGAAACACUGCCUGAACCAGCAGAGAUCCUAGAAGACUCUGAAGAGGAAGUUAGUGAAGUCACUGAUCACGAUGAAGCUGAGAUUGCAGAAUCUGAGGUGGAAGAGGAUGAAGCUGACAACGAAGGUGAUUUAGAUGGAGCUACACUUGAGCCGGAAGAAGUUGUUUCUGAACGAGAAGAAUCUCUAGGGGAUUAUGAGAUUGAAGCGGAAUCUCAGACGGAGAAGGAUGAUUCCGAUCAAGUGGAGGAGGAGGAGCAGGACUCUGAUCAGGUGGAUGCAGACCUCUACAAUCAAAUGGCACAGGAUUUCUUUGAUCAAGGAGAGAGUGAAGGUGAGAGAGAAGACCAACUACUAGACAAGGACGAGCCAUACGAAGGUGAAACUGAAGAGGAGGUGGUUGUCAGUGACAAAUACAUUGAAGAAUAUGAAGCUCCAGUGUCUGAGGAUGCAACAGAAGAAUAUUAUGCUGAAGAGCCUGACUAUGUUCCAGGGAAUGAAGAUGUACAAGAAGCCUUACCUGUUCCUGAAAAAACAGACAAAGAUAGCCAGAGGGCCUAUGGAUCUCAAAGCUUAGAUCUGGAAUCUGAAAUCCAAGCUGCAGUGCCUCUUCCAGAGCCAGUAGAAGAGGUGACAAAGGAAGAGAGAGACGCUCCCAAGACCACUGAGGAGCAUCCGGCAGAGGAAGUUACUGCGGAAGAACACAGUGAAGAGCAUGUGUACCAUGCAGAAGAGCUCACAGAUGAGGAAGAACAUAUGGAUGUUGUGGAAGUGCACACGCAUGUGGAAGAGCACACAGAAGGCAAUGAACCCACAGAGCCUGACCAUUCUGAAGAUACAGGUGAAGUAGAAGAGACAAUGACAAGAGACGAAACUGAGCCAGAAGAGCAGCUUGGAGACACUGAUUCACAAGAGGAGCCAGCUGUAGAGACCAUUUCGCCAUCAAAAAUUGAGGACAAGCCAUUAGAUCUUUAACUCAUCACAGAGACUUCAAACACAAAUGGACCAGGCCACUCUACAUUCCACUAAGAUGACUUUUUUUGUGUGUUUUUCUUGUUGAAGCAAAUGGUGUCCGACCUCUGGGAUCGAAGAUAAUGUGAUUUGGGCAAAAAAACACUGAUUUGUGGAUUUUUUUUUGCUGCCUCCCCCACCCACCCCCCUACCGCAUUGUGUUUUUAAAGUGUGUGUGCGUGUUUUUUUUAAAAAAUAUAACAAAGUUCUAGUACGCUUUUUUGAAUUAUGUAAGGUGCAUAGUAUUUUUUUUUGCUUUACAAACUUGAAACUAAAAGGAUUGCUCUUGAGGGAGCAGGCACAGACGCAAUGGGCUGAAUGGCUCUCUUCUGUGAAGUAAAUUUCUAUGCUUCUAAAGCUAAUUAGGUGACAGUAACAAGUGUAGUGGUGGAUAAUCAGUGAGAAAUCUAUUAAUCAGUCUGCUGUGUGUUCUCAAAAAGAAGUCUGUUCUCAAACACUGAUGAGGAAUUAACUUACACAAAGAUAAUAUAUAAGUUAAAAUGAAAAAUUUAAUAACCAUGUGUAAAUGAUUUUUAUUUUUAAUAAGCAGAUGGCAGAGUGGACUUCGCUGAGUAGAUGCAGUAAAUUUUAAGAUUCCAUGUGAGCAAGGUGUGACCAUUUAGCAGAAGAAAUGCAGACGUUUAAACCUUUUACUUUUUUUUUGGAAAGCAGGUUGAAGCAACGAUUUUUUUUUAUGUUCAAGUAACAAAUUUGGUAUCAGUGCUAAGCUGUAAUCUUUUUCUGUGGCAUGUGUGGAAUGUACCUGCCAAGACCUUGGUGUGAAGGCGAUUCAUUCAGAUCUGCACUGACCUUUGUAUAAAAAGUGGUUACAAUAAUGGCAGGGAGUUUUUACUAGAACACUAUUUUCAGUAAGAAAUUGGAGUGUGUUUUUCUUAAAACAAAAUUUUUCAACGGAACUGUGAUGAAUUGUCAGACUUAGCAAUAACUGCCCUUAACUGUGAUGUACUAUCAUCUGUGUAUGACUUUUUAAAGUAGCCUUGUGACUGAAAGUGGACAAGCAUUAGUCGUAGCUCUUCUCAUUUUUAUGUAAAGUAUUGAAUUUUUUUUAAAAAAAGCCAUAAAGUUCAAAAGGGUGUGGGAUAUUUGGGAAAGGAGAUGGUUUAGUUUUUAAAAAGACGCAAGCAAAGGAGGUUGAUCUUAUCCAAGGUUAGGGUUAUGUCACACUAUCAGUGUGGUUCGUUUAUUUUAUCGAUUGUUCUCAGCUCCCAGACAGCCAAAUUGACGUAGAAUAUGACACAUGCACUAACUGACUUUAAACUAGUCUUCGUCAAUGCCAUGCUGAGUAAAGGAAAUUUUGCUUUUACAAUUAAUGUCAUUUUUAUUUUGUUGCAUGAAAUGUGGAUACAAAUCCUGUUGUCUUUGGGAAUGUCACUUGUCAGCAAUAAAACUUCCUCAAAAUA